GUCGUCUCCACUGCAAGACACGGGACUGUUGAGCGCUGUGCUUCUGUUGCAUGAUCGCGCGAUUAUUACUUAUGCAGUGGAUCGGCUGCAAUCCCGAAGGUCAGAGCAAGCGCGCCACAGCAGAGCUUCGACGUCGUGCGCGCUGCGUCGCUUUCCUGAACGACUCGCUUCCGUCGCUUCCUUGAAGGCUGGGAUCGACGCUGCAAUUUUGAAGCGUCUAGCACCGUGUUCCCCAGCAGGAUCGUCAUAGUAGCAUCCCUUAUAUCGAAUUCUUUCGUCGGGAGCCCGUCAAUCGACAUCGAUGUCAUACGAAAAAGACAGACGGAGAAGUCGUUGAGUCAACGCCAAUGCGACACGUCGAUCUGCUUAGCCCAAGGCGCCUUCAUCGAGGACCGUCUGCAGUGUUCUUGUCUAAGGAUCCCGUGCGUGUAGGCUCGCCAAGAACCGAAGAAUCAUCAGGGCCUUCUCAGCAUUCCGCCCACCGUCCGCUACGUUGGGAAGCCCGAUCUGGUUGUUCCGAUGGAGCGAAGAUCGUGACACGGAAAGCUCGGUCUUGCCAGACGCGAAAACGGUAUAAAAUGCGCGGGCCUUCCAUCCCUUCAACUCCAGUCCAGCAACCGAGAAUCAACCGCUCUUGCGUCUGUUCGACUAGACUAGCGCGAUGAGGACCCCGCUCUCUCUGAUCGUGCUCUUCGCUACUAUGGUCAUCGUCUCCGCCACCGUCAUCAGCCCUAACGCCGACCGCAUGAGGCGCGGACUGCCUCCUCUUGCUCCUCGCCAGCUUUACAAUCCUACCGUCGCAUCUGGGGCUAAACGUCAGGAGCCCUCGGGAUCGGCCUCCAACGCCGAGCGCAUGAAGCGAGGACUUCCUCCUCUUCCUCCUCGUCGGCCUUAUGCACCGACCGCCACGUAUGGCGCUAAACGUCAAGAGCCCUCCGGAUCAACCACCGCCUCGCAGUGCCCCGAAUCCGGCACCAAUCUCUUGUGUUGCGGCUCCGUUACUACUCCGGACAAUCCGGAAGCUUCUGGCAUUCUGGUAGACCUCGACAUCAUGCUGGGUGAUGUCACGCUGGUCGGGCUUGACUGUACCGUGCUCGACCCCGCCGACACCUGCACCACCACUCCCACAUGCUGCACGGAAACCUUGGCUGGCAUUAUCUCCAUCGGUUGCGUCAAUGUCAACGUUUGA